AUGAAUAUUACUGGAAUCGAGUUUUGUCCGGUGUCCGGUUUACUUGGGAUUAAUAUGGUACCAAAAUCGAUUUCAAAAGCCGAGAAACAGACUGAAGAUAGUGGCGAGGCAGCCUUGUUCAGUUGGUACCACGGACCCUGUCUUUUGGAUAUGAUCGAUUCACUCCCCUCUCCGGACCGCACAGUCGACGGUCCUUUCCGUUUCGUUGUCAGUGACAUAUUCAAGCCUGCCGGACUCGGUGUUCCUGCUGUCGCUGGACGCGUUCUCUCCGGUGGAGUGUCUUCUGGAUUAAACGUGGCAACUAGUAGAGUAUUUUGCCAACCCAGUGGUUUACCGGCCACGGUAAAGUCUAUUCGUUCACUUUGCGCUGUUCGGUCAGGGGCUGAGAAUGCGGAAGGCGACAGCUCUGGUGGACUUCUGGACCAGGUAGUCAAAUCGGCUUUUGCCGGCGACCAGGUUGCAUUAAUUUUGAACGGAAUUGAUCCGUUCCAAUCUCUGGUUCCUGGUGACGUUAUCGCUGAUCCGGACAAUCCUGUACCUCUGGCUAGUCGCAUCAGCGCCAAGGUUUUAGUAUUCGCUGUCCCUCAACCGAUUACGCAAGGAUAUCCGGUGAUAUUCUACUAUCAUUGCACCAGUGUCGGUGCUCAUAUAACUAAACUGAGAUCGAUGACGCACAGAGAAAACAAGGUGGAAAAAACAGUGAAAAAGCCUCGUUGUCUGUUAGGAAAUUGUACGGCGGAUGUUGAGAUCACUUUAGAAAGACCUGUUUGUCUGGAGGUCUAUGAACGUUGCAAGCCUCUCGGGCGCUUUAUGUUACGUGUCAAUGGCGAAUCUGUUGCCGGUGGAACAGUAACCGCCGUUCUACCUCCGAAAAGGAACCGUCUGGUUGAUUUGUGA